AUGCGCUGGCAAAGCACUUUCGUGACACUUGUUGCCAUCUCGUCCACAGCUCUGGCUCACUGGAACUACGAAUCGGUCCUACUCAACGGCAAAGACACUGGAGCCUAUCAAUAUGUACGAUCCACAAAGAAUAGCAACAGCCCAGUGCAGGACAUCUCUUCCAAGGACAUGGUGUGUAACGUGGGCGGCAAUGACGCCGAUGUCAUCGCCAAGACCAAAACGCUCAGUGUGAAGGCUGGAGAUCAGAUUGGCUUCCGCAUCAACAGCGUCUUCGGUCAUCCUGGCAUCCAGCAGGUGUACAUGAGCAAAGCUCCCAGCACUGCAGCGACCUACCAGGGUGACGGCGAUUGGUUCAAGGUUUACUCUCUCACGACCUCGAACCUGACCAACGAUCCAAUCUUCUGGGCCCCAUUCCCAAACAACGUCGGCAUCUCAGACUUUAGCUUUACGCUCCCUACCAGCCUCCCCAAUGGUCAGUAUCUCAUGCGCGCAGAGGGUCUCGCGCUGCACGGCGCUUCAACAGUCGGCGGCGCGCAGUUCUACAUCGGCUGUGCGCAACUUGAUGUCACAGGCGGCGCGAGUAGUGGCACUCCUGGUCCAAUCAUCAAGUUCCCAGGCGGCUACUCGACGAGCGACGCGGGCAUUCUCGUCAAUAUGUACUGGCCUCCGCUACGGAGCUACACUCCACCUGGACCAGCGACGUGGCCUAAUAAGUGUGAGGAUCAUUCGCCUAAUCUCCUUGGAAAGACUAGCGACGGAGACUGCACACCCCUAGCCAAGGGAGCAACAGGUUGA